GGAAGACUUAAGCCGACUGUCCUCAAUAAGCCAACUCUAUUUCUGAGGACCGAUCGUCAUCGGCCACGGGCUCUCGUGCGAUUGGCCUGCAAUAGUGGCGCAUAGUGGUUAACGAGAGCGAAACCAGAAUAUCAGACAUCGUAAGAUCAUGGGUGUCUACUGCUAGAUGCUACCUUCUAGACUCGAUGGAAAUGCAACAUGGUAAGUAAGAUAUAAGCCGCCUAGUUCCUCCCUGGUCUUCGAUGCGUCAGUUCCUGGUAGUUCAUCCCAUCUUGACUCUCCAGCCCACCAGCGCAGCAUUGUCAGCUUAACUUCGUUCACACAUUCUUUCUCGGUCAACAAAUCUCAACAAUCGCUACCAAAAUGAAGUUCGCUGCUGUCUUCCUCCCUCUCAUCCCCGCCGCUCUGGCCGGAGAGUGCAUUCGCGACGGCGGCUGCCCCGGCUGUGGUCAGGUUGCCAGCGUCAGCUACGUCCAAGACGGAAGCACCUCCACAGCCACGGCUGCCUCCUACGGCUCCGUCACCUUCUCCGACACCACUAUCACUGUCAAGAACACGUCCAAGAAAUGGCUGUUGUUCUGCAACUACGGCUCGGCCUGCUUCCCCGUUGAGGCCGGCGACACUUGCACCUCCACCCGCCAGUCGUCCGACUCCACCGCUCUCGGACUUCAAGUGUGGUCCCAGUAAAAAGGUAAGUUCUGACCGGCUAAACGUUUCUAGCAGUGAAUGUCAACUGACACGGAUGCUCAGGGAUCUCCAAAACGCGCGUCUGGGAUCGGCAUGGAAGCAUGGCGCUGAAAGCUUGGACAAACGCGCGGGUGUGACAAACUGACAGGAGUCAGGCGGGGUUGGCGGUUCCACGUCCCGCAGUCGUCCCAAUUCUGUGCACGGCGCCUGAGAUGGCGAGUACGAAUACGUGGAUUGUACACUUUGUGCCACCUCCACAGGCAAAUAGCUGCCAAUGCACUUGGUCUGCCAAAUGACUGAGGGUGUUUAGAAACCAAGAGACAUCGAACAGCAUUUACGUUUUUCACGAUGAACCAAAUGAUAUCUUGUCUCUUGCUCUGUGCAUUGUGAUAUUUAUAGACCAUGGCCAUUCUCGACGACAGGGUUGAUGCUCGUUAAGCUACCCCUUUCCCCUGUCGCGCGAUCGGCACCCCUGAGAGGAUCUACUUAAGGAGUGACACUAUGAC